AUGCUGGUGACCUAUUUGGAAGCCAGCCGGGACCUUUGCGAGACGGACUCAAUUCUUUUCGGCGCCGCACUGGCAGUAUACCGUAUUAUUGGCGCCAAACUUCCCAUGGCUGGACGUGCUACUCAACAAGGUAGUGCCAUCCCAGCCUGGAGAAAAAGAAUCGAGGACCGUAUCGCAAAGGCAAGGGCCCUUAUCGGCAGACUGACAAGCUUCAGGUCGGGUAAUAUUAGACCGAGAGUUGUGCGCACCGUUAGAAUGGCGUUUGCUGGGACAAAUAUUAGUUUGUCCCAGCCGGAUAUCACGCAGAAACUAACGGAGCGCAUAGAUGACCUGAAGCAAAAAAUCGCUGCUUGGGGGAAGCGGAUUCGACGAUUUAACGAGAGGUCAAGGCGGUUCAACCAGAAUCGUCUCUUCCAGAGUGAUCAGAAGAGGCUCUAUAAAUCAUUGGAGCGACCAGAGGUAUGUGGAGCGGGCCCAGGACCGGAUCAGGCUGACACUGUCGCAUUUUGGCGUGGCCUGUGGUCAGAGCCCGUAAACCACAGCGAGGGCCCUUGGAUGGAAGUUGUGGCGAGCCAGAGUGCAAGUGUUACGCCUAUGGACCCCGUCACCGUAACGCCUGAAGACGUGGCUGAGGCGAAACCUAUUACAAAUACACAAGUAUACAAGAAGUGUACCUACUCAACAUCGUUAUUUGGCAUCUAA